GCAAGCGCUGGGGGAAUCUUAGGGCACAUUUUUAAAGAGAACAAAAGUGAGAAGAGGAUUGAGAUUUUCGUUUGCACUGAACCAGUCAACGACCAGACUGUCGGCUCUUCAAACAGAAAAAAACUCACACACAAAGUAAAAUAACUCGCAGUUUAUUGCUGAGGGAAGAGCUGCCACUGGUGCCGGGGGUGGAAGGAGAAGGGGAUUAAGAGGUUUUGAGAUGCUGCCAGACCUGUUGACUUGCUUCAGCACUUUGUCUGUUUAAAGAUUUGAGCAAAACGUGUGAUUCACCCUUCAAAAAUAUGAAUGGAUUUUGUUCAACAGAUCCUGUUAAUGAAAUUAUUAAACAGACAAUCUAAGCACAGUUAAUCAUCAAAUGAGGACUAUUCAUAAACAGGUUUCUUGUGAAGAGAAGUAUCAUUACCCAAUUAACAAUCAAAUGUAAACCAAUCAACAAGAGGAAACUAAACAUCAGAGACAUUUUCUGUCAAUUUUAGAAGAAGAGGUUCUAUCUCCUCGGACCAUAUUUUUCUAGAAGCACUUUUUUGUGAAUUGUUCUACUAUCUUCAUGAAUAACAAUCUGGUCUAAGUGGAUUUGUGGAAAAUGAGUGAUGGGAAAUGGGUUAUCCUAAGCCCAGAAGAGUUUGCCCAGUUGCAGCAGUACACAGAAUAUUCCACAAAGAAACUGAAAGAUGUACUGGAGGAAUUUCAUGGGGAUGGAGUGCUGUCUAAAUAUAACCCUGAGCAGCCAAUAGACUAUGAAGGUUUCAAAUUAUUCAUGAAGACAUAUCUGGAGGUGGAAAUACCAGAGGAGCUCUGUCAGCACUUAUUCAUGUCUUUUAAAAGGAAGACAUGCCAAAAUUCACCAGAAUCCCAGAGGCAUGGCUCAAGCAAUUCACAGUUCAACCUGUUGGAACCAAAAACUAUAGAUGCUGGCAUCUCCUUCCAGACAGAAGUAGCAUGUGCUCCCAUUACAGGUACAAAAUGCUUAGACAAGAAGAUGAGUUUAGCACUUCGGAAGAGUCACAGUCCUCUAAAGACACCAUCUCACAUUCUACAAUCACAGAUGCCACAAGUGGUGUUUCUAAAGGAUAUUGUCUGUUAUCUGUCACUAUUGGAACGGGGACGAGCUGAAGACAAGUUGGAAUUUAUGUUUCGACUCUAUGACACAGAUGGAAAUGGUGUUCUGGACAGCUCAGAAUUAGAUCGUAUCAUUAAUCAAAUGGUCCAUGUGGCGGAAUACUUGGAAUGGGAUGCGACUGAACUCAAGCCAAUACUUAUGGAAAUGAUGGAGGAAAUAGACUACGAUCACGAUGGGACAGUUACACUGGAAGAGUGGAUAAGAGGAGGAAUAACUACUAUUCCAUUACUGGUCCUCCUUGGCAUGGAGACAAAUGUGAAAGAUGAUGGUCAACAUGUUUGGCGAUUAAAACAUUUCAACAAGCCUGCAUACUGCAACUUCUGUCUGAAUAUGCUAUUGGGUGUUAGAAAACAAGGUCUCUGCUGUUCUUUUUGCAAAUACACAGUCCAUGAGAGAUGUGUUUCCAAAGAAAUCGCGUCAUGCAUAAGCACAUACGUAAAGUCCAAAAGGAAUACUAAUGUCAUGCAGCAUGUUUGGGUGGAAGGAAACUCUCCAACCAAAUGUGAUCGAUGCCGCAAGAGCAUUAAAUGUUACCAGGGUCUCACCGGUCUCCACUGUGUUUGGUGCCAAAUAACUCUUCACAACAAAUGUGUCUCACAUAUCAAGCCUGAAUGUGACGGUGGCCAACUAAAAGACCACAUUUUGCUUCCCUCCUACAUAUGCCCUGUAGUUCUGGAUAGACAGCCCAAUCAGAAAAAGGCUGAAAGUGAUUCACCGACAACGACGAGUUCAGAUGAUAACAACCAAGCUUUUAAGCACAAUUCGACAACAGUAGAUGGCCAAGGACUGCAGAUUACAACAGUGCCUGGAACACAUCCGCUUCUUGUGUUUGUGAAUCCGAAAAGUGGUGGAAGACAAGGUGAAAGAGUUCUUAGAAAAUUUCAAUAUCUCCUGAACCCAAGACAAAUUUAUAAUCUUGACAGGGGUGGACCUGUGCCAGGGUUAAACACUUUUCGUGACAUACCAGAUUUCCGAAUCCUGGCCUGUGGAGGAGAUGGAACUGUAGGAUGGAUACUGGAUUGUAUUGAUAAAAUCAAUCUCGCAAAACACCCACCUGUAGCUGUAUUACCAUUGGGUACUGGAAAUGAUCUGGCUAGAUGUCUGAGGUGGGGAGGAGGAUACGAAGGUGGAAACUUAAUGAAAGUUCUGAAAGACAUAGAGAACAGUAUAGAAAUGAUGCUGGACAGAUGGAGUAUAGAGGUGAUACCAAACAACAAAGAUGAGAAAGGGGAUCCAGUGCCAUACAGUAUUGUUAACAACUAUUUCUCUAUAGGUGUGGAUGCAUCAAUUGCUCACAGAUUUCACGUAAUGAGAGAAAAGCAUCCAGAAAAAUUCAACAGCAGAAUGAAGAACAAGCUAUGGUAUUUUGAAUUUGGGACAACAGAAACAUUUUCCGCAACUUGCAAGAAGUUAAAUGAAUUUGUAGAAGUCGAGUGUGAUGGUAUCGUACUUGACCUAAGUAAUACAUCACUGGAAGGAAUUGCAAUCCUCAACAUUCCGAGCAUGCAUGGAGGCUCCAAUCUUUGGGGUGAAACGAAGAAACGAAGGAACUAUAACCGUAUGAGUAAAAAAGUCCCAGAGAAAGUUUUUUCGACAACAGUAACAGAUGUGAAGGAGCUGAAGUUCUGUGUGCAAGAUUUCAGUGAUCAGCUGCUUGAGGUUGUUGGCCUUGAAGGUGCCAUGGAAAUGGGGCAAAUUUACACCGGACUGAAAAGCGCUGGGAAGCGCCUGGCUCAGUGUUCCUGCGUCACUCUCAGAACAACCAAGCUGCUACCUAUGCAGAUUGAUGGGGAACCCUGGAUGCAACCACCUUGUACGAUCAAAAUUACACACAGAAACCAGGUACCCAUGCUUAUGGGCCCUCCUGCAAAGGCAAGUUUACUUUUUUGGAAAAGAAGAAACUGCAGCAGAGAUUAAUCCUGCAACAGUAUGUAACAGCAGACAAUUAUAAUGUUACAAGGAAGUUCUCUGGACAAAUCAGUGCUUUCUUUUUACUUUGGAUUGUUUAUUCUUACUCUACCUUUGUAGCACAAAGUCCUUGGACUCAAGUAAUGUACAAGAGCAACUGUGAUUUGGACUUGAAUGAUGAUAACUUCGUACCAUCUAUUUUAAGUGAACCUAUGAAGUGAAGUUGUAAGCUGUCUGAGAAUGACUAGAAAAUCUGGAAACAAUUGGAUGUCAGACCACGAAGUUUCCAUUUCCAAAGCUUUGCUCUUGUGUCUUCUUAGGAACAAUGCAACAGAAUCCUCACAAAGUGGUGCAGUGCUUCAUGAUGUGAUCCACAUUCACCAGUGCUACAAUAAUAAAAUGAUCCACUUCAGCUAUCUCCUGCAGACAGACCAUGCAUAUUGCUGACCAUUUAACAAUAUAACCAGCUCAGAACUGCAGGCAGUUCUGGGACAGCAAGAAGAAAUUCACAUUUUGGAAUUGUGAAUAGCACUAAUGUUCUGGAACUGUGAGCCCCCUAGCUUGCACCCAGAUUAAAUACCCAUGCUAUUUAAUCAUGCCAAAAAAAUGACAAUAACCAAUGGUGAAUCAUUUCAUCUGCUGUGAUUUAAUUUGCAUUUCUAUAAAAAAAAACAUUUUCAUGGCUAUAUACCAAUAUUCCUCCCAUUGGCAAGGACUGAGAAAUCUAUUAAGUAACAUAGUUGUACUGACAUUCAGAGAAAGCUGUGCUUAGAGGCCAGACCUGUGUGUGCGCACGUGAAUCAUAUAUAUGGUUGCCGAACAUUGAUAUUCAAGUUAAACCUAUGCAUCAGCACUGGUUGUGUUUACCUGUAGACUAUCAUUUUUGGUGUAGUAUAUUGGUGGCAAAGAUAGGCUUGUGUGUUCUGUGUGUCAGUUUACAAUCAUCAGCCUUAACUAUGUGUCUGGACAUAAAAGGUGCAAUAAUUAUUAAAAAAAAGUCUUAAAUGGUUUAAAAAAGCCAAAUACCUGUUUUUAUAUUCAUGUUUGCUACAUGUCAAAAGACCCAUGACUAGAAAUGCCACUAAACACACUACUAGUAUGGUGAGAAGGUCCAUAUCUAUUUUGAAUGUACUGUAUAGUGUUAGAGGAUAUUUACUUUUAGCUGUUUGAAUAAUUUAGAAUUUUGUUACCUGUACAUUGUUAAAAGUUUGAAAGUUAUGUAAAAUAAAAAGUUUGCCUAUGUAAUGUUCUCCUUAGUCAAUUGAAUUGCUUUAGGCUUGCAGGUAUUGUGUAGAUCUGUUGUCUGCCAUGUUUAUAUGUAACCUAAAAUGGAUAUUGUUUUAAAAACAAAUAAAUA